UUCCUUCACCUUCCCUCCUUUUCCUCCCUUCCUUCAUGAACAUAGUGUUAGACAAAUCGCAAGAGAUGGAUUUAGCGUGUCUGGGCAAAGGAUAGAUGAUGAACCACAGUGCACAGACGAAUUUACCGAUUGAACAUGAUCCACGAAGGGUGUUCUCUGCUGCUUUGCAGAAUUGCAGAGGACGGUAUUAUCUCCACAGCAAGUCGCUCACUGUCACUGCAACUGCAUUUCGUAGUCUGUAAUUGAAAACUAACAACUUAACAAGUCACGACAGAGA